GGAGUAUGCGGUACCCAUUGUGAGCAUCAGGGAGCUGUCCUCUGCAGAGACCGGAGACUAGAGACACCGGCAGCAUGAAGUCCAAUCCUGCCCUCCAGGCUGCCAUCGACCUCACAGCUGGGGCUGCAGGGGGCACGGCCUGUGUGCUGACCGGGCAGCCUUUUGACACGAUGAAAGUCAAGAUGCAGACAUUCCCCGACCUGUACCGGGGCCUCUCCGACUGCUGCCUGAAGACCUACACCCAGGUGGGCUUCCGCGGCUUCUACAGGGGCACCAGCCCGGCGCUGAUCGCCAACAUCGCCGAGAACUCCGUGCUCUUCAUGUGCUACGGCUUCUGUCAGCAGGUGGUGCGCAAAGUGGUGGGGCUGGACAAGCAGGCCAAGCUGAGUGAUGUGCAGAACGCGGCCGCCGGCUCCUUCGCCUCAGCCUUUGCAGCACUGGUGCUCUGCCCCACUGAGCUGGUGAAAUGUCGCCUCCAAGCCAUGUAUGAGAUGCAAACGUCGGGAAAAGUUGCCAGCAGCCAAAAUACAGUCUGGUCUGUUGUGAAGAGCAUUCUGAGAAAGGAUGGCCCCUUGGGCUUCUACCAUGGCCUCUCCAGCACUUUACUUCGAGAAGUACCAGGCUACUUCUUCUUCUUUGGCGGCUAUGAACUGAGCCGGUCGUUUUUUGCAUCAGGGACAUCAAAAGAUGAACUAGGUCCUGUCCCUCUGAUGUUAAGUGGUGGAGUAGGUGGCAUUUGCCUCUGGCUUGUGGUGUACCCAGUGGACUGCAUCAAAUCCAGAAUUCAAGUUCUUUCCAUGUCUGGAAAGCAGGCGGGAUUUAUAGGGACUUUCAUAAGUAUUGUGAAGAGCGAAGGAAUAGCAGCCUUAUAUUCUGGACUGAAACCUACUAUGAUUCGGGCGUUCCCUGCCAAUGGGGCACUGUUUUUGGCCUACGAGUACAGCAGAAAGCUGAUGAUGAGCCAGUUGGAAGCGUACUGAAGUGUCUUGGCAGACCUUGCUCCACACACCGGGGGGUGAGGACCUCGGUUCCUCUCAGGGUUUCACGGAGCACGGGAUUGAUGUGAAAUGAGUCUUGAAGAUUUUGUAUUGCCUCUCCUUGGAUCUUCUGUCUUACGUUCUGUACCUUCUGCCCUUAAUUUGUGUUGAAAUGGAAGAGCUGGUGGUGCUGUUGUCUGCGGUAUGAGCGUGGGGUGACCAGUGGUUGGGGCCCCCACCCUCAUGAUGAAGAGGGCCCAAAGGGUGUGUGCAUCACCCUAGCAGUGUGUGUUGGAUGGGAAUGGAUUAAGGAAAACUGUUAUCAGUGACUGUUGUUUUCCAAGAAGGUUCUUAUAAAUAAUUUCUUAACCUAUUCUAGUUACAGGGUCUUUUUUAAAAAAAAAAAACCUACUUAACCUGUAUACUGUACUAAGCUGUUAAAGUUGUUAGUAAACAGUUUUCAUGUGUUACAUUGAAAACUAAAAUAUUCCUGUAGAUUUUGAAGCGCAUAACCUACAUCCUGGUGUAGUGUCCACAUUCUCAAGUUGAGAGUAGGCAUCCUGGAUUUCCUCCAGAACACUGCCCUACAGCAAUGCCAGGUCUUUGCUGGCACGCCCAGAACCCACACAACAGCCAUGCUAUGGCAUGUGGCCUGGGGGAUAGGGCCUUGGCCAAGCAGUAUGGCCUUUAGCUGCAUCCCUUCUCUCCCAGUGAGCCCCCUUUGUGCUGGGUGGGAAUGGAUGUAGCUAUUGUUGUUUGACGAAGACCCACGUGGCUGCUGUAGCCUCUGGAGCCUGGCCUGGGUAGGGCUGGGUUGUCUGUUGGCCUGUCUAGGCCCAGUGAUCCACUUGGGUCCACCUGACCAGAAACUUUUCAAGGGAACAGAGCAUGCCAAAGCCAAGAGAAGCUUUUGUUUCCUGCCUGGUGGUGGUGGUGUAGACUGGAGGGUCUGUUCUCUCCCAUCAGAGCUAGAGCGAGCCAUUCAAUUCUGCUGUAUGGGCUGACCCCCUUGCAAGCACUUACCUUCAGAUCUGUCCAUCCCUGCCACCCAUGUUUGAUGCGGGUCCUCAGUGAAUAGUAAUGGUAACUGUAUAUGGGGUGUGACUUCAUAAAGCAACAGGACAUAAAAGGAAUGGUUUAAGCUUGGCCAGUUACAUGCAUAUAUCAGCCCAUAGUUGGUCUGCUCAGCACAGGCUUGGGAUGGGCAGCUAUUUGUUGGCUGUGUGAUGUGGGCAGACCAUCUGGUCACCACUAGAGGAGGCUCCAGCCACUCUCUGUUGCUCCAAGAACAGCAGGGGCUCUCUCAAUUAAGUGUUUCCACACAGGCCAUGAAGCUGAAAGCCCAAGGUGGACUUAUCAGGAAUAGCCUAGCCUCUACCUGUAUGUCUCUGCCUCUUGGCAUCAGGUAAACAUGGUGGGAAACCCCUGGUUUCCUUAAGCAUUUGGCUAACUCUCGGGCCUCUCUGACAGCUCUGAACUCCUGUGCUGGAAACAACAGGGUGUGGCCCAUGGACCUGGGCUGGGGCUUGGAGCUGGCCUUACACUUCUGAGAAAACCAUUUUGUCCACUUCUGUCUGAAUAGGCCUAGAUUGACACCAAAUAGCCCUGUUGGUUGGGGAUUUUGCAAAUUGCCCAGGAAAGGGUUAUUAGCUCAAUAAUAACCCUGAGUAGUAACCUAGUAGGAACAACCUUAGGCAGGGGAGUCAGAAUUAGAAAUCUGUCAGGAGAAUGAUUUUCAUUCUGUUUUGUAAUUUAGGGCUCAGUAUUUGGGUACAAUUUAUACCAUUUUAGAUCUGUACUCUAAAAACACUGUUUAAAAAAUUAUGUUUAAAGAAUUUGAGUAUUCUAUCAUUAAAUUAUUUACCU